GAUCCUGCAACACUAUUCCUACCUACACGCCCAGGAACAGAAACCCUGCAAAGAUGAUGAAAACAUCACUGUCACUCCUCCUGGUGCUCGUAGCCGUGUCUUUUACAUCUGGUAAAUACACGCCGAAGACAGGCAAAAGGAUUCCUAAGACUCUGUCCAGAGGUUGGGGUGACCAGCUGUUCUGGGCUCAGACGUAUGAGGAAGGUCUCUACUGGGCUCGCUCACAAAACAAGCCCUUGAUGGUGAUCUUCCACCUGGAGGACUGUCCACAUUGCCUGGCGCUGAAGAAGGUGUUUUCAGAGGACGAUAACAUCCAAAGAACCCUAGAUGAGGACUUUGUUGUACUCAACCUGGUGUAUGAAACUACGGACAAACAUCUCUCUCCAGAUGGACAAUACGUCCCCAGAAUCAUCUUUGUUGACCCUACCUUGACGGUGAGAGCUGACAUUACUGGUCGCUAUGGCAACCGCAUGUACGCUUACGAACCAAAUGACAUCAAACUCUUGGCGAGCAACAUGGAGUUGGCCAAGAAACUCCUCAAGUCUGAGCUGUGAGCGGCAGACAACGUGUUCCUCCUGAGACGCAUCAACAAUUUCAUGUUGUAAAAACCAAGCACUGGGAAGUUACUUUCAUUGUAAUCAUCUUAUUUCUUAUUAUGAUGUUGUCUUUGAAAUAAAUUUGAUUAUGAAAGAG